AUGUUCCUCACUCACUGUGUGACUCUCUGGAUGCUGCUGGCGCUCCAGAGCCUUUGUUUACCUGUGUACAGUAUUUUGAAGGUGGUGCAGCCCUACAGAGUGGAGAGCACUAAUGGUACGGCCCGGGUCCAGUGCAUCAUCCAGCCCCAACCCUCCUUCCACCACAUCACCUCAUCAGAGUCCUCCUACCCCCACCCCGACCCAGAGGAGCUCAGAGUCACCCUGCUGAGAGGACUCAAGGGAAACCAGCCACUCUGCUCCGACAUCCUCAACUUCACCGAGCAGAGAGAGGGAGGAGAGGAGAGAGAGGGAGAGGUGCAGUGCUCUGCUCAGGUGAGGGAGGGUGCUGUGGAGGUGACGGUGUCCGGACUGAGACCCUCAGACACAGACAUGUACCGCUGUGAGAUCGAGGUCUUCUACCCUCCUCCGUUCCUGCGGCUCACCGGAAACGGCACCCUGAUCCACGUGCUCGGCAGCGCAGGCUGUCCUCAGCCUCAGAGACAGGUUGCAGCUCGGGCUGGUGAAGGAGAGGAAGAGGAGGGUGAGGAGAGGACGGAAACUGUUCCUGUCCCAGUGCUCGUACUGGUCAUACUGGUCAUAUGUGUCCUCAGCAUCAUUGUCUACUUCCAGGCUGUGCAGUGCCAGCAGUCGAAGCGGGAGAUCAGGCGGAUGCCCGCCAUGUUCCAGAAGAUGGAUGCGGCUGCAUUUUCAUGUUGAAACUUUGCAUGAAAACCAGAUAUCUGCACCACUGAUGCUAUACUAUAAAUAUAUACUGACCUCUGCUGUGAUUGAGUUUUUUAAUCUCUUUUACCACAGCUGUAGCAAACUACCAAAAUGAUAUUUUUGGUACAUGUUUUCCUUUUUGUAUUUUACUUAUUAAGUAUAAAAAAUAAUGUUUACGUUGUUGUAAACACAGACGAUAUUAAAAAGCUACAGCUUAUGUGAGUACAAACAAUUUGUUUGGCUUUGAAUCAUUAAAGUGCUUUAUGGCUUUAGAGUUAUUCACAUGUGAAUUUAUUGUUUCCUGAUUUCUGAAUAUUUUGUUGCCAUUGCAAUGUUUAGAAAAUAUUCAUGUUGGAUAUUUCCUUAAAAUAAAGUUCCUGAACUUU